CCAGACUUCCCUUGAGAUGACACUCAUUUCUUGACCGGCUCAUUCCUUUUCAGCUUGAUGUCUAUGAUUCUUUGAUCCGCUCGAUUCAAGAAUGAGGGGUGUUCAGAUAUUCUCAGGCAACUCGCAUCCGCUUCUCACCGAGACGGUCUGCGAGAGGCUCGGUACUUCACCGGCCAAAGUAGAACUUGGGAAAUUUAGCAAUGGCGAGACAAACGUGAACGUUGGUGUUUCGGUGCGAAACCAAGAUGUUUACAUCAUCCAGAGCGGCAGCGAGAAGAUCAAUGACAGUGUUAUGGAGCUUCUAAUCAUGAUCUCAGCCUGCAAAGGAGGCUCUGCAAAGUCUAUCACAGCGGUUAUGCCGUACUUCCCAUAUUCCCGCCAAUCCAAAAAGAAGAGCCAUCGUGGAUCUAUCACCGCACGUAUGCUUGCAAAUCUCCUCACAGUUGCUGGGGUUGACCAUGUGAUCACCUUGGAUCUCCAUGCAUCCCAAAUGCAGGGAUUUUUCUCCAAGCCCGUCGACAACCUAUUCGCCGAGCCUUUCAUUGCACGCUGGAUUCGGAACAAUGUUCCCGGGUGGAAAGAAGCUGUCGUCGUUAGCAAGAACGCUGGAGGGACGAAACGAGUAACGUCGCUGGCAGACACGCUCAAGCUCAACUUUGGCAUAGUCACAACAGACAGGCGCCGCCAAAAGCCAGGACCAACUCUGGCCGAUAGUACAGUAUUCUUCGAGGCUUUGGACCAGGAAACAACACCGCUGCCUAAAGAGCAAGAUCCGUUCAUUGCGCGGACACACAUUGAAAACCCCGACGCUCUACAAUCAAGGGAAUCGCAGGCGGAUCUCAAUGAGCUUGACUCGUUGCGUCCUGAGACCCCGUCGGGCGCCCGGCGGCCUUCGGAGUUGGAGGCUGUAAAUGAAUACACAGAUGUCAGGGUGCGAGAUGUGAUCACCGGGCGGCUCGUACAAGGUCACCUCGUCGAUGAUGACUAUCCGCCAUCUGGUCCUACAUCUAUGGCUGUAUCCGGCGAUGCAACCCCUGGGCAACUGCCCAGCCAAGAGAGUGAAGCCAUCCCAGAUUCAAUGGUAGACUCAGUCGUCUCGACCACAUCCUCAAUGCCUGGUGACCACGCUUUAGGCGGAUCAUUCGAUGCUGCCGACUCUUCUGAUGAAGAAGAAGGAAGCACCAAACGAAAUGUUGAACAAGAGAAGACUAUCACUCUGGUUGGAGACGUCCGAGAUAGAACUGUCUUCCUUGUCGACGACAUGAUAGACAAAUCUGGAUCAUGGAUCGCGGCGGCAGAGACCGUGGUGAAGCGCGGCGGGGCCAAGAAGGUUUACUGCAUUGCCACCCACGGGCUUUUUGGGGACUCAUCCCUUGAACAAUUGGAGGCUUGCGAGUCUAUUAACUACAUUGUCGUCACUAAUACUUUCCCCAUAUCACCGCAAGUGGCGAGGAAAUCCAGGAAAUUGAUCAUCAUUGACAUCUCAAGCCUCCUCUCAGAGAGCAUAAGACGCCAUCAUUAUGGCGAAAGUGUUUCGGCGUUGUUCCAUCUUAAUGACUGAUUUAUUUCAAUAGCGACUGGGCUGUGUGCAAUCUUCAUGGUUUUCGUUUGCUAAUGCGCAGCUUGAUGAUCAUGAUACCACUACUGAUAGUACGUUGGUAAGAUUAUGAAGGACGAUAAUGACAAAAAAUGAUGAUCAUGAUGCCUCAAAUCUCCAUAGAAGCUGCCCGUUUCUUUCUCACUUGAUCUCGCAGGGAUUAUGAGCGAUUCGCCGCAUAUGCUUACAGACCGA